AGAAAUUACUCACCUACCAUUCUUACUUAUUGUAGCCCCUUCUUGCCUUCUCUCUUUUCUUUUCUUUUUGAUCGGAAAAGAUUUCUCUUUUUAUGUUUCUCUUCCAAACAUUGUGUCUCAAUAAGGUUUCUGCAUCGUUUUUCUAGUUGACAAUGUCAAGGCCUGGCAACAAGAUCAUACAAGCCAAGCUGGUGCUUGUUGGAGACAUGGGAACAGGGAAGACAAGCUUGGUUUUAAGAUUUGUAAGAGGCCGGUUUUUUGAUCGCCAGGAACCAACCAUAGGAGCAGCAUUCUUUACUCAGAUACUAUCACUAACAGAAGCAACUGUGAAGUUUGAUAUAUGGGAUACAGCAGGACAAGAACGAUAUCAUAGCUUGGCUCCUAUGUAUUAUCAUGGUGCUGCAGCUGCUGUAGUGGUGUAUGACAUCACAAGCAUGGAUACAUACAAUAGAGGCAAGAAAUGGGUUCAAGAACUGCAAAGACAAGGAAAUUCAAAUUUAAUAAUGGCAUUGGUGGCAAACAAGUCUGACUUGGAGUCGAAGAGAGAGGUGCAGAGCGAGGAGGGAUACCAAUUCGCCGAAGAGCAUGGGAUGUUAUUCAUGGAAACAUCAGCAAAAACUUCCCAUAACAUCAAUGAACUUUUCUUUGAAAUAGCGAAGAGACUCGCGAGAGCUAACCCUGCAAAACGUACUGGAAUCUUGCUAAACAAUGAAACACAAGAAAGGAGAAAACUGCCAUGUUGUUCUGGGUGACACACACACACGCCCCAUGUCAAGAGGCUUAUAGAAGCUGAUCACCACCAGCUCUAUCUUUCUUGUGUAAAAAAGCAACUGGCUCGGAACAUACUCAUUUUUGGUUUAAUUUCUAUACAGCCUCUCCUUCCAAUAAUUUGGUAAGUGGUCACAGCUGCUGCUGCUGCUUUUCAAAGUUUUUGUUUCAGAGUUCUAUUAAUUCAUCUCUAGUGUGUUGAUUGAAUUGGAAUG